AUGAACAGCCUGUUACACACCCGACGCCGCGCCUCUGUCGCGCUGAGAGACUGCUGUUUCCAUCCUUCCGCGAUAAUCACCCGCCCCGAACUGGGGAAUCGCGCGGUAAACAACAGCAGCGGCGGUUCCUCCUUCUCAUCGUCCUCGGCAUCGUCCAACCAUGAUCAGGUCGAUGGAAACGAAAGUAUCUCGCGAAAUCUCGCGGCUCCGCAGAUCCGCGGAUACAAUAGCAACGCAGCUGCGCAGAAGUCGCCCACGAACGGCGCGGGACCGAGCUUCACACGGCAGGGCUCCGGAAUCAUGCAACACCAGGAGCAGCAGCAGCAGAAGCAGCAACAUCCAAAGCGCAGUGACAGUGGUUAUAGCGCCAGACAGCAGUCGUCAUCUUUUGAUCGUAUUGGAGGUGUGCCACUAGGACAUUCGCACGCCCCGAAGAGUGCGCUACCUGACGAUAUCGACGCGUUGUACCAUCAGAUGCAGCACCUUGGCUCUAGAUGGGCAGAUCUACACGCUGAGGCCGAGCUUCUGGAGGAAUCCAAGAAGUGCGUAUUGGCAUCGAUAACACUUCACUAUAUGAAUGACGGGGACACCAAGAGCUCGGGCGAGACCAAAGCUUUUGCCGCGCCUGAGUAUAGGGAGCACGUCCAAAAGAUGGUGGAGGCAAGGCGGAGGGCCAACCAGGCCAAGGUGGAAUUCGAGGGGAUGAAGGCACACCUGAACCUGACGAGGACAUACGAGGCAAGCAGGCGCGAAGAGAUGAAGCUGAUGUGA